AUGGGGAAUUCAUAUGCUGGACAACUGAAAUCUGCUCGAUUUGAGGAAGCUCUCCACAACUCCAUAGAAGCCUCACUCAGAUGUAGUAGUGUGGUACCACGCCCAAUUUUUUCCCAGCUAUACUUGGAUCCUGACCAGCAUCCUUUCUCAUCUGCAGAUAUAAAACCUAAGGUGGAGGAACUGGAUAAAGAUUUGGUACACCGCUACACUCAAAAUGGAAGUCUGGAUUUUUCUAACAAUCUGACCACUAAUGAAAUGGAAGAUGAUGAAGAUGAUGAAGAAAUGUCUGAAUCAAAUAGUCCACCAAUUCCUUAUUCACAAAAACCUGCCCCAGAGGGGUCUUGCACUACAGAUGGUUUUUGUCAAGCAGGAAAGGAUUUGCGUUUGGUAUCACUGUGCAUGGAACAAAUCGAUAUCCCAGCAGGAUUCCUGCUGGUGGGGGCCAAGUCUCCCAAUCUUCCUGAACACAUCCUAGUUUGUGCUGUAGACAAGCGAUUUCUACCAGAUGAUCAUGGAAAAAAUGCACUUUUAGGGUUUUCUGGAAACUGUAUUGGCUGUGGAGAAAGAGGAUUUCGGUAUUUCACAGAAUUUUCCAAUCACAUUAACUUGAAGCUCACCACCCAGCCAAAAAAGCAGAAGCACUUAAAGUACUACCUAGUCAGAAGUUCCCAGGGUGUACUAUCGAAGGGACCUCUCAUCUGCUGGAAAGAAUGUAGAAGCCGACAAUCCUCUGCUCCUUGCCACUCUCUUAAACCAAACUCUUCAGUGUCAUCAACUGUGACCCCAGAAAAUGGGACAACUAAUGGAUACAAAUCAGGAUUCAUUCAGACAGAUGCUGCUAACGGAAACAGUAGCCAUGGAGGGAAGAGCAGUGCGUCCAGCUCCACUCCAGCCCGCCCAGUGACUUACUCUUUGUCAGCAAGACCAAGCUAUGCAUCAGGAGACCCAGGGACCGUGUUCAUUUCUGGGCCACCAAAGAAACGACACCGAGGAUGGUAUCCUGGGUCACCUCUCCCCCAACCUGGUUUAGUUGUACCUGUUCCUACAGUUCGACCUCUUGCAAGAACUGAACCCCUUUUAUCUGCCCCUGGUCCACAGACCCCAUUAACUGGAAUUUUACAACCUCGGCCCAUCCCUGCAGGGGAAACUGUAAUCGUUCCUGAAAAUCUGCUGAGCAACUCAGGAGUUAGACCGGUAAUUUUGAUAGGCUAUGGCACUUUACCCUAUUUCUAUGGAAAUGUUGGUGACAUUGUUGUGAGUCCUCUGCUGGUGAAUUGCUACAAGAUUCCACAGGUGGAAAACAAAGAUUUGGAACAAUUAGGGUUGACUGGCAGCCAACUCCUGAACGUGGAAAACAUGAUUCUUCUGACUAUCCAGUAUCUUGUGCGGCUGGGUCCUGAUCAGAUACCUCUCAGGGAAGAAUUUGAGCAGAUUAUGCUGAAAGCUAUGCAGGAAUUUACUCUGAGAGAGCGAGCCCUGCAGAUGGGUGCCCAGUGUAUACCUGUGUCUCCAGGACAACUCCCCUGGCUUGCUAGAUUAGUUGCCAGUGUAUCUCAAGACUUGGUACAUGUGAUUGUGACCCAGAACUCUUUGGCUGAGGGCAUUUCAGAGACAUUGAGGACACUGAGUGAAAUGAGACACUAUCAAAGACUACCAGAUUAUGUUGUGGCAAUUUGUGCAUCAAAAAUCAGAGGAAAUGAAUUUUGUGUGGUCGUAUUAGGUCAGCAUCAGUCCAGAGCCCUGGCAGAGAGCAUGCUCACCACAAGUGAGUUUUUGAAAGAAAUUAGUUAUGAGCUCAUCACAGGAAAGGUCAGUUUCCUGGCAUCACAUUUCAAAAACACGUCAUUAGGCGAUGACCUGGAUAAGCUGCUAGAAAAAAUGCAACAACGAAGGGGAGACAGUGUGGUUACCCCUUUCAACGGAGACCUUAAUGAAUGUGUAUCCCCUCAGGAGGCUGCUGCUAUGAUUCCCACGCAAAACCUGGAUUUAGAUAAUGAAAGUUUCCAAAUUUAUCAACCACAGCUUACUGUUGCUAGAAAACUGUUAUCUCAGGUGUGUGCUAUCGCAGACAGUGGUAGCCAGAGCCUAGACCUCGGCCACUUCAACAAAGUGGACUUCAUUAUCAUCGUCCCAAGAUCAGAGGUUCUGGUCCAACAAACUCUUCAACGAAUUCGACAAUCAGGUGUCCUUGUAGAUUUGGGUCUGGAGGAAAAUGGGACAGCUCAUCAGAGAGCAGAGAAAUAUGUUGUUCGUCUAGACAAUGAGAUUCAGACCAAGUUUGAAGUUUUUAUGAGAAGGGUGAAACAGAACCCGUACACACUGUUUGUGCUAGUUCAUGACAACUCCCAUGUGGAACUAACGAGUGUCAUUUCAAGCUCCCUGUCUCAUGGUGAACCCAGUCAUGGAUUGGCUGAUAGAGUCAUUAACUGCAGAGAAGUUCUGGAAGCUUUCAACCUCCUGGUGCUCCAGGUGAGCUCCUUCCCAUACACUCUGCAGACCCAGCAGUCCCGAGUCAGCGCUAGCAAUGAGGUUCACUGGAUACAGCUCGACAGUAUGGAGGAUAUGGGCUGUGAGGAGAAGCUAUAUUUUGGCUUGAAUGAGUACAGCAAGUCUCUGCAGUGGGGGGUGACCAGUCCACUUCUGAGAUGUGACGAGACUUUUGAAAAAAUGGUGAACACACUCUUGGAGAGGUACCCCCGGCUGCACAGCAUGGUUGUCCGCUGCUAUCUUCUCAUCCAGCAGUACUCAGAGGCUCUGAUGGCUCUAACCACUGUGGCGUCCCUCCGAGACCACAGCACCCCAGAGACACUCAGCAUUAUGGAUGACCUCAUCAGCUCCCCAGGAAAAAACAAGAGUGGGAGGGGGCACAUGCUCAUUAUAAGGGUGCCUUCGGUGCAGCUGGCAAUGUUGGCCAAGGAGCGGCUGCAAGAAGUUCGCGACAAGCUGGGGCUGCAGUACCGCUUUGAGAUCAUCCUUGGGAAUCCAGCCUCUGAGCUCAGUGUUGCACCUCACUUUGUGGCACGAUUAAAGACUUGGAGAGGAAACGAACAAGAAGAGUGGGUCCCUCAGACAUACCAAGAUUUAGAAGGUCUGCCUUGUAUUGUGAUAUUAACUGGCAAAGAUCCUCUUGGAGAAACCUUUCCCAGGUCUUUGAAAUACUGUGACCUCCGCUUAAUCGACUCAAGCUAUUUAACCCGCACGGCCUUGGAGCAGGAGGUGGGUUUGGCGUGCUGCUAUGUCUCAAAAGAGGUCAUCCGGGGGCCCGCAGUUGCCCUGGACCUUAGUGGGAAGGAGCAGGAGAGAGCCACUGUCAGUGAGAAUGACUCGGAUGAGCUGCUGAUUGACUUGGAGAGGCCCCAAAGCAACAGCAGUGCAGUCACGGGAACCUCAGGUUCCAUCAUGGAGAAUGGGGUGAGCUCUUCCAGCACAACUGAUAAGUCCCAGAAGCAGCCUGUGACACCCAGCUUCCAAAACCCAGCCACCAGCAUGGGGUUGGACGAAGGGGUCUCUGCCGGCAUCCUGGUGGCUGGAGAGACGCUGAAACAGGAGUGUGACUCCCUGGGCCCCCACAUGGCUAGCAGCACUACUUCCAAGCCUUCGUCAUCGUCCUCCUCUGGACCCCGGACCUUCCCGUGGCCCGGACAGCCUGUGAGAGGCUGCAGGGGCCUGCAUGCAGCCCUGCCCCCAAUAGUGAUCUUAUCCAAAGCGGCCUACAGCCUCCUGGGCCCACAGAAGGGUGGGAAACUGCCGGCCUCCUCAGCCCUGCUGCCCCAUGCUGAUGUGGCCUGGGUGAGCACACUGAGGCCACUCCUGCACAAAGACAUGAGCAGUGAGGAGCAGUCCCUCUAUUACCGGCAGUGGACCUCUGCCAGGCAGCACCAUGCAGACUUUAGCAACCAGCCCGACCCUGCCUCCAGCACCCGGAGCAUCCACCCACGUCGGCUGCUGCUGACUGGGCCUCCCCAGGUGGGAAAGACUGGCUCCUAUUUACAGUUCCUUAGGAUCCUCUUCCGCAUGCUCAUCAGGCUCCUGGAAGUAGAUGUGUAUGACGAGGAGGAGAUCAACACUGAUCAGAAUGAGAGCGGUGAAAUCAGCCAGACAGCAGGAGAGCCCUGGCCUGACAUUGAGAGCUUCAGUAAAAUGCCUUUUGAUGUCAGUGUGCACGAUCCCAAGUACAGUUUGAUGAGCCUGGUUUAUACUGAGAAGCUGGCAGGAGUCAAACAAGAAACAGUAAAGGAAUCCAAAGUUGAGGAGCCCAGGAAACGAGAAACAGUGUCCAUGAUGUUGACAAAAUAUGCGGCCUACAACACCUUCCACCACUGUGAGCAGUGCCACCAGUACAUGGACUUCACUGCUGCCUCCCAGAUGUCUGACUCAACCCUUCAUGCGUUCACAUUCUCUUCCUCUAUGCUGGGAGAAGAGGUUCAGCUCUACUUCAUCAUUCCCAAAUCCAAAGAGAGUCAUUUUGUCUUCAGCAAGCAGGGCAAACAUCUGGAGAGCAUGCGGCUGCCGCUGGUUUCAGACAAGAAUUUGAAUGCAGUCAAGAGCCCUAUUUUCACUCCUUCCAGUGGUCGCCAUGAACAUGGACUCCUAAACCUAUUCCACGCCAUGGAGGGCACCAGCCACCUUCACCUUCUGGUGGUCAAAGAAUAUGAGAUGCCACUGUACCGCAAGUACUGGCCCAAUCACAUCAUGCUGGUGCUUCCUGGCAUGUUCAAUAAUGCAGGCGUGGGUGCUGCCAGGUUCCUCAUUAAGGAACUGUCCUAUCACAACCUAGAACUGGAGCGGAACCGCCUUGAGGAGCUGGGAGUUAAACGCCAGUGUGUCUGGCCUUUCAUCGUCGUGAUGGAUGACUCCUGUGUUCUAUGGAAUAUUCAUAAUGUUCAGGAACACACAAGCCAGUCCGUGGAAGCAGGAGUUUCCAGUAAGAAUGUGUCCUUGAAGAGUGUCUUGCAGCAUAUUGAAGCCACACCAAAAAUCACCCACUACGCAAUACUGGGCAUACAGAAAUGGAGCAGCAAGCUGAAUUCUCAGAGCCUAAAGGCUCCUUUUUCUAGGUGCCACGUACAUGAUUUCUUUCUCCUCAACAUAGACUUGACCCAGAAUGUGCAAUAUGACUUCAACAGGUAUUUCUGUGAAGAUGUUGACUUUAACUUAAGAACAAAUAGUAGUGGCCUGCUCAUCUGCCGUUUUAAUAACUUCAGUCUCAUGAAGAAACAUGUCCAAGUUGGAGGACAAAGGGACUUCGUUAUAAAACCAAAGAUCAUGGUGUCAGAGAGCUUAGCACCCAUCUUGCCCCUUCAGUAUGUCUGUGCUCCAGAUAGUGAACACACUCUACUAGCAGCCCCUGCACAGUUUCUCCUGGAGAAGUUCCUUCAGCACGCCUCAUACAAACUCUUUCCCAAAGCCAUCCGUAACUUCAAGAGUCCUGUGUUGGCCAUUGACUGCUACCUGAACGUUGGACCUGAGGUGGCUGUAUGCUAUGUUAGCUCCAGACCUCACUCCAGCAAUGUCAGCUGUGAAGGGGUGUUUUUCAGUGGACUCCUCUUGUACCUCUGUGACUCUUUCGUAGGUGCUGAUCUUCUUAAGAAAUUUAAGUUUCUAAAAGGUGCUACCCUGUGUGUCAUUUGCCAAGACAGAAGCUCCUUACGCCAAACAAUUGUCCGCUUGGAGUUAGAAGAUGAAUGGCAGUUCCGCCUCCGGGAUGAGUUUCAAACAGCGAACAGCAGUGACGACAAGCCCCUCUACUUUCUUACUGGCCGACAUGUAUAA